GGAGUAGACAUCACUAGUAUCCGGCGUUGCAAUGUAAACUUCUGCUUCGUCUUUGUGGAAAAGCAAAACAAAAGAAGGAGUCUUUCAUUGUUUCCUUUCCGACAACUCAGUGGUCAGAUUUUCAGUUCCUCUUCCAAACUUUAGUCUGUUUUAAAGCUACGAAUUACGUUUAAUCCAUUGAAUACCCACAGUUUUCGUGGUGGUUAGUUAACCUAAAAUGCUUUUACUUGGUGAUGUUUUCCCCAAUUUCUCUGCAAAUACUACAGAAGGAGUGAUAAACUUCCACAACUGGCUUGGAGACUCAUGGGGCAUUUUAUUUUCUCAUCCAUCUGACUUUACUCCUGUCUGCACGACUGAACUGGCACGAGUACUCAACCUGCUGCCGGAGUUCGCCAAACGCAAUGUGAAAGUGAUCGGAUUAUCCUGUGAUUCGGUUGCUUCUCAUGUAGAAUGGUGCAAAGAUAUCAAGACUUAUGCAGGUUACAAUGAAGAUGAGAAGUUCCCGUACCCCAUCAUUGAAGAUGAGGACCGCAAGAUAGCCAUGCAGCUGGGCAUGGUGGACAAAGAUGAGCUGGAUGCCGCCGGGAUGCCGCUCACAGCGCGCGCUGUGUUCGUGGUAGACCCCAAUAAGAAGUUUAGGCUGUCGCUGCUGUAUCCAGCCACCACGGGACGGAACUUUGAUGAAAUACUGCGAAUCCUGGACUCAUUGCAGCUAACCGACCGAGCUAAGGUGGCGACCCCUGUCGAUUGGAAGAUGGGUGACGACUGCAUGGUCCUGCCAACGCUACCCGAGGACCAAGUGAAGAAGGUUUUCCCGCAAGGAGUGACCGUGGUGCCUCUGCCUUCUGGCAAGAACUACCUCAGGAAGACCUCUUGUCCGAAACUUUAGUCAUAAAAACCUCUGAAUGAACCUCCCUCGAAUAUUAUUGUUGAACUUUAAAAUGUUGACAGAAGAGUGCUAUUUUAUUUCAUUGUUAUUCUCGUAAUAAAAGGUUAUUAAAAUA